AUGAGCAGCAUCAACGAGGACAAGCUUAUCCGCCUACAGCACAUCAAUGAGUGCCUCCGCGCGGACCUCGAGCGCGAGCGCGUCAAGGUCUCGGUCGCCAGCAAGUCCCUCAUCGACUUCACUCUCGAGACCAUGGACCCUCUGAUCCACACCAGCCAGAUCGACACCAACCAGAACCCCUUCACCAAGAAUGCCCGCAGCCGUGCCUGCGCACUCUUCUAA